CCAAUGUAGAGAUUAGGAUUUUUUCAAAUUCUUUGAGUAGAAAGUGGGAAAGCGAAUCCACUCCAUUCGUCAAAGAGGUUUGAAUAAAAUCCUUAAGAGAGAGUCAAUUUCAAAUACUUGCUCAGAACUGUUAUUAUCCAAGGAAUGCAGAUUGUCAACAUCAAAUUGGAGCAAUACUUGUGAAAUGGGAGAUCCUCCUGGCAGACGUCCCUAUUCAGCAUGCAGGGCAAAAUAUCUCAUUCAGAAGUAUUGGGGUCAUAAACCACUUGUUAUGCUUCCCCCGGUAAUAUGUGAGAAGCUGCGUGGAAUAGAGUCAAAAGGAACGAUUAUGUUAGAGAGCCAAAAGGGAAGAUGGGUCGUACAAAUAGCAAAAUGCGAAGAAGGAAAUCUAUGGUUGACAGAAGGAUGGAACAAGUUUGUGCGUCAACACGAAUUGGAGGUCGGAGAUUUUGUGGUGUUCAAACGUAUGGGUAGGAGCAUGCAAUUUAAGGUCACUCUGUUUGAUCGUUCUUGCUGCGAGAAAGAUCAUUGCCCUAGCGGCGGCGGCGGCGGCACGCUAGAAACUAAUAACGAUAGUGUAUCUAAGGUGGAAGUUAACGAAGAAGAUGCACAUGUCCAAAGACACACUAAUCAUAUGAAAAGCUCCAUGAAGGGUAAAAUGAAUGAUGUUGGAAUUGAUGGAGCACAUAGCAUGGUCCUCAUGGAUGUCGGCAGAAAAAGAGGGCGUCCUAAGGCGGGAAGCAUAGUUUUGCAGAGCCAAAAACAACAUAUGUCACCAAUGAGGUCAUACAAUGUCCGUAAACAAGGGCCGUAUUUGAAUAUACCUCGAGAGUUUUGCGUAGCAAACGGAUAUUGUCAAAACACAAGAGUAACCCUGAAAGGUCCUAUUGGGGACUGCAAAGUUACUCUCUUGGUAAACAAAUGUGCCUUCUUUAGUCAGGGUUGGCGUGAGUUUGUAGAGAUCAAUAGAGUGGAAGAAGGAGAUAUUUGCAUCAUCAGGCCCCGUGACACUACGAGUAGUAAAGGUGGCAGGGUAUUUGAUAUCGAGGUCCUUCGGGUGGGGACCAGCUAGGCUUGUUUAUAUUUAUGACCAGACCCCACCAAUUCUAAUAAUCACAUUUGUGUUCCAUAUGUUCUCUUCGAUCACUUGCAUUACUAGUGAAAUUCAUUUUGUCGAAUAAUAUUCUUUAUUUGGACGGAUAGUAAGUUGGUUGCAUGUAUCACAUUGCACCUUAUAACAUUAUAA